UCCUUCUAGUGUAAGGCCAGGUGGCUGAGGGAGGAAGGCGCAGCCGUCGAAAUCUCGAAGAAAGGAAAGACAAGGAGACAGUGGGGAGCUUGGCUUUUCCCUCUGUGGGGACGCUCUGGUCACCAUGGAGGACGGUAUCUAUGUGCCUCCAGACCUGACGACGGAAGAGAGGGUCGAGUUGGAGAACAUCCGUCGGCGUAAGCAAGAGCUCCUGGUGGAAAUCCAGCGGCUACGAGAUGAGCUGAGUGAAGCCAUGAACGAGGUGGAGGGGCUGGAAGCCAAUGAGGGAAGUAAAACUCUUCAGAGGAACCGAAAGAUGGGGAUGGGUCGCAAGAAAUUUAACAUGGAUCCCAAAAAGGGAAUCCAGUUCCUGGUGGAAAAUGAGCUGCUGCGCUCCACUCCUGAAGACAUUGCCCGUUUCCUCUAUAAAGGAGAAGGACUCAACAAGACAGCCAUUGGAGACUACUUAGGAGAGCGGGAGGAUUUUAAUAUUGCUGUGCUCCAUGCUUUUGUCGAUUUGCAUGAAUUUACUGAUCUCAACCUUGUGCAAGCACUCAGGCAGUUCCUGUGGAGUUUCCGAUUGCCAGGGGAAGCUCAGAAGAUUGACCGUAUGAUGGAGGCCUUUGCCCAGCGAUAUUGUCUGUGCAACCCAGGGGUCUUUCAGUCCACAGAUACCUGUUAUGUCCUCUCCUUUGCUGUGAUCAUGCUGAACACUAGCCUUCACAACCCCAACGUCCGUGAUAAGCCUACAGUCGAGAGGUUUAUCACCAUGAACCGUGGCAUCAACGAUGGAGGAGAUUUACCUGAGGAACUGCUGCGGAACCUGUACGACAGCAUCCGUAAUGAGCCCUUCAAGAUCCCCGAGGAUGAUGGGAACGACUUGACACACACUUUUUUUAACCCUGACCGCGAGGGCUGGCUCCUCAAACUGGGAGGCCGAGUGAAGACGUGGAAGAGACGCUGGUUCAUCUUGACUGACAACUGCCUCUAUUACUUUGAAUACACUACAGACAAGGAACCAAGAGGAAUCAUUCCCUUGGAGAAUCUGAGUAUCCGAGAAGUGGAAGACCCACGGAAACCAAACUGCUUUGAGCUCUACAUUCCCAACAAUAAAGGCCAGCUAAUCAAAGCUUGCAAGACAGAGGCUGAUGGACGUGUGGUUGAAGGGAACCACAUGGUUUACCGCAUCUCUGCGCCUACACAGGAGGAGAAGGAUGAGUGGAUCAAAUCUAUCAAGGCUGCUGUGAGCGUGGAUCCUUUCUAUGAGAUGCUGGCUGCCCGCAAGAAACGAAUCUCAGUGAAGCAGAAGCAGGAGCAGGCAUGAGGUGGGGAUUCUCCUGCAUCUACCACCUCCCCCCUCCCCUCUGUGUCUCCUCCCUCUUGGACCUGCUGACAAACCCACCUGGGUUGAGCUCCAUGAAACCAGCUGGCCCUCUUUCCCUCUUUGGAUUAUUGGACCAUUCACAGCAUUGCCAGUUUGAUGGCAUACCUGCCAGUACACACUUUCACAUCUCCAGAGCUUAUACUUGGUCUGUUGAAAUAUGCCUGAGGACAUGAACUUGGGAACUGUCACCUACUAGUGUCUUCAAAAUUUGCAGGCAUCAUUUGUUGGUUGGUGCAGCUUCUCCUCUGAAGAGGCCCUAAGCAGAUGCAGGUGAAAGUUUCUAUGUUAUGCCACUGAGACCAUGUGGCCUACAAACUUGGGCCAUAUUAAGUGAACACUUCCUGUUUGAUCAGAUCUUUUGAUUUUUCCUCUUUAAAUCUAUCUUGAAGCCAAUUGACUCAUUCAGCAAAAGAAACUAGGAAAAGCUCUCUCAGAACAGAACCAUUUUAUUUUGUAGCAGGGAGGGAUGGGACUGCCUAUUUUGCUGGUCUAUUACAUAAAAAUAGUAUUCUGCAUACCUACAUCAAGGUUGUGAGGGAGUAGGCUAGCUUAUCUUUCGGGCAGGCUAGCUUUGUAGAGUUUUUGAUUUCCACACUCAUUCUGUUUUUUUAUUUCCUGAGCUCCAUCCUAAUGUUGAUACAGUCAUGAAAGUGUUAUGCCACAUAAUAUUUCCUGGGAUUUGGGAGUACACAACAUGUUCUGUUCCAAGGACCACAUCUGAUGUUAGUAUGGGUCUGCACAUGUACACAUGAGUGUACACAUUGUGCAGGGAUCAGAAAAAUAUAAUCUCCUUUAUCUACGGAGAUCUGGGCAUCAACAAGGAAGAGAGAUGAUAGAAACCCAGGAAGCUGGUGGCUUCCAUGUGAGUGGGACAGAUAAUCCAUGCCAAAUUUUCUUCUGAAUGUUCUGGAGCUUUGACAGAUUCUCUUCCCAAAAUGGUUUCAACAUCUUGGAUAGUGCAUAUGGAGAUCAGACUACAUCCCAGUGGAUUCACCCUCCCACUUAAAAGGGAACCACCAGCUGACAGAAUGGAAGCCAAAGCAUCUCUCAUUGCACUGCAUUGGAAAGAUGAAGUCAGUGUGGCUUAUCCUACUGAAUCCACAACUGGGAUGUUGUGAAAUGCAGGUGGUGUCCCACUAGCUUCAAGGGCCACGUGUAGAAACCUUUGGCCAUUUGUGAGCCUCAAAGUAUAGAAUGCCCCUUAGAGUCUGUUGCCAAACCAUUCACACUGUGCAUCCAGGUAACCAGGGUUCUCAUGACUUAUUAAUAUAAGCAACUGCUGUCCCCAAUUACUUGGGCUUUGCUUUACAAAGAUGUAAGCAUGCCAGGAACCAGCAGGGGACAGCAAAGGCCCAGACAGCUGACACACCCACUGACACUACUUAAGUUCCUCCAACAGAAAUUGCCAGCACAGAAGCACAAGUAACAGCUCUUGUUAUUUUGCAUCCAGGGACAGGGUCAUGAAACAGGGUCAGGUACUUUCUACUGCUAUCACCUCUCCUAGAUAUUGAAACACUUCCCCGCCCCAAAAAUCCUUGCAGAUUCAGCUGAAGAUUGCCUCUGAAACUGAUCUUGUUCUCUUUCUCUCUGAAGUCCUUUUCUUCUACUCAAGAUCUACCGUCAAGCAAUCUGGAGCUUCACUUUGGAGUUAAUCCAGGAUGUUUCCAUUGCUUUAAAGAGGAAUCUGAUUAUACUGGCAUUAUAAAGGGUAUACAUUCAUUGGGAUCUGUCCCUGAUCCUGUAGUACAUGCAAGGGGCAGGGAUGACUGGGUUUUUUUUUUCUUCCCUAGAUGGAGUUUAAAUUAGAAACAGCUCCAUCCCAUCUGUGGUGCGUUGUCUUUGAAAAUUCUGGUCAUUGGCCUCAAACAAAACUGCUGCUGCUUAGUGUUCAUACAGAUGAACUAAUCCCUGAGUUUAGUCUUUUGCUACUCUACAGACCUUCUAGUUGUUAAAAAGUUGGAACAUUUCCACUUCCUGUUGAAACUUGCAGCUAGGAUUAAAAUCUGUGUUGGUAGUUCACAGGAGGCGAGGUUGCUGAGUACAUUAACCCAGAGCAAAAAGAGUGCCUACCUCUUAGCCAGAUAGCUCUACAUUGUUGGAUGGGCUCUUUUGCCACCAUUUCUCUCAAUUCUAAAUUGAAUUCUGCUCUUCCACCUCUGCUUUGCUUCAGGCAAUCCUAAUAGCUAUGCAGGACUCUUUCUAGUCCUGGCAUUGAGAAUGCAGGGUUUGCAAUGCAGCUCAGAUCUUUCAAAGGGGCUAAGCUUCUGAGCCUGCAAAGGAAUGUGGUAGUGUAUUAGUCCAUGUGCAUUUCAAUCUGAUCAGUAUUUCUCAUCUGCAGGGAAUCUUUAAAUAGCCAAUUUAAGUCUUGUUUGGUUUAAACAUGAAGCACCAGAAGAUCUGAGUGCCACAUAUUGCCCUGAAUUUAAGAAGGUAAUGGUUUUGUCCUAAUCAAAAUUACUAGUUGAUUCUCUUUCUAUAUAGAAAAAAGGAAAACAAAGAGACAGUAGACAUCAAGGGGUAAAUAGCUUAGAAUUGAUUAAUUUUCAGCCUAUAAGUGCAGGAGAGAAAGAGCACACUACUAUAUUUGGGAACAGCUGAUAUGAAAAGGGUCUAUAUUAAGUCAAUGCAAAUUUUUGUCUGGCUAGAACAUGCAUUUUUAUUGCUCCAACUUGUCUUCUCAAAAUUCAGUGAUACCAGUUUAUAAAUGUUUCUGCUAGACAGGUCCCUUCCCCAUUUAAGUUAUUUCACUGUGCCAAAGGGACUUGGAAUACAUUUCACUUUUGUAAUACUGUACAUCCAUGCUUGUUGUAUUCUAUCCUGUCUACUAAACAGAAAGGAGGCAGGAUUGUUUAGCCUAAAAUUAGCUUGUUGGGUGCAGUAGACCCUAUCAAGGGCUCCUGUCUCCAACAGCUUUCAACACUAAUUGAAUAGAUGCUAUUCCCAAAACCAUCAGAUGUUAACAGCCCUUCUUGAACUACUAGAAUUACAUUCUUGUAAAUGCUAUACUCCAAUUCUAUCCCCUCCCUCCAUUAAUUCUCAGUAGGCUGCACUGCCUUUUCACAAAUACUGGCCUAGUUCUCCUUUUGGAUCUUAAACCAGUUCCAUCUCAAAGUUAGGUCCAAACAUGUAGCGCAUACAUAUUUACAAAAGCAAAUAACUGCUGUUGUGAAAAUUAUCUGGAUGACGACAGGUGAGGAGGUUUUUAUCCCUUCCCUCCCUGCUCCAGCUCUGACAAAAAUUAUGCUCCCCAAACUGCUAUUUGCAUUAAGAGAAAAGCUCCAGUCACUCCAAGUGAAGAAGUGUUUUUGUCCUAGAGAAUUAAAAUAACCUCUUCCUAUUUUGAUAAUAGUUGAAUUUUAAUUUAAAAUGUACAUGUUAUAUGCAAAUAUUUAUUUAAUGUCACACCUGUUUUUGCCUACAUUUGCUAUUUUCCCGAUAACGUUUUUCUCAAACACUACAGAUGACUUCUACUCUCUUCAAAAUUUAGAUCACAUUUUUGGAAGUCAGGACGAAGUUCUUAUCUCAAAUUAGCUCUGGAAAAAAUACUUUUAAAGCAUCUACAACUGACACUUGGAUGAAUUGGGCUAUUGGAAGAAUCCCUUCUUACAGCCUUCAGGAUAAUUUUUGUUUUCUUGAGCAAUAUUAACAGUACACCUUUCCCUUCCUUACUCCCUAUUGUGGAUUAGUGUACUUUUAUUGUGUGGGUGGGAUGUGGGGAAAUUUGACAAAUCCCUCACCUGCUCCAGAAGGCGAAAGAAAAGGAAGGGCAUUUUACUUGUUUUUUAAUCUGUUUCUGAUGAUGACGAUGAUGUUUUUUUUAAAGAAGAAAUGUUAAUUAUUAUUUAAAAUUUUAAUGUAUGCAUCUCUGGAUGAUAUGUAAACACUAUGGACUUA